AUGGCGACAAAAGACCCAUUAUAUGGCUUCUUGCCUCGACGCGUCGAAGGAAGCCAGGUCCGGAAGGCUCUGGAAGGAGAUGUCAACCCGUUCACGAAGCAACCGCACACGCCGCAGUACAAGAAGAUCUUAGAAGCGCGCCAAAAGCUGCCAGUAUACGCGCAGAUGGACGAGUUUUACAAGAUGUUUACCGAUAACCAGAUCAUCGUCAUGGUCGGAGAGACCGGUUCCGGGAAGACCACUCAAAUACCGCAGUUCGUAUGUUUCUCCGACUUGCCGCAUACGAAGGGCAAGAUGGUUGCAUGUACGCAGCCGAGGCGAGUAGCUGCCAUGUCCGUGGCAAAGCGUGUGGCAGAUGAGAUGGACGUCCAACUUGGGAAGCAGGUCGGUUACUCAAUUCGGUUCGAGGAUAUGACAGAAUCCGGAACGACCUUCAUGAAAUACAUGACCGACGGUAUGCUUCUCCGAGAAGCCAUGAACGACCCCGACCUUUCACGUUACUCCACCAUCAUUCUCGACGAGGCCCACGAACGCACACUCGCGACUGAUAUUCUCAUGGGUCUGCUCAAAAAGGUCGUCGAACGUCGUCCCGACAUCAAGAUCAUUGUCAUGUCCGCCACUCUCGACGCGUUGAAGUUCCAGAAGUACUUCUCAAUCAAGGACAAAAUCGCACCGCUCUUCAAGGUUCCAGGUCGCACGCACCCGGUCGAGAUCUUCUACACUCAGGAGCCGGAGCCGGACUACGUCGAGGCGGCUAUCCGUACUGUUCUCAUGAUCCACCGCGCCGAGGACCCCGGAGACAUCCUCCUGUUUUUGACGGGUGAAGAGGAGAUCGAGGACGCAUGUCGGAAGAUCAAAUUAGAGGCGGACGACCUGCUAAAUAACGACCCGGACGGUGUCGGCCCGUUGCAAUGUAUCCCGCUAUACAGUUCGCUACCACCACAGCAGCAGCAGCGUAUCUUCGACCCUGCACCGAAGGGCAAGGAGGGCGGUCCGCCGGGACGUAAGGUCGUCGUCAGCACGAACAUCGCUGAGACGUCACUCACCAUCGAGGGCAUCGUCUACGUCGUCGAUCCCGGAUUCUCAAAGCAGAAGGUCUACAACCCGCGUAUCCGCGUCGAGUCGCUCCUCGUCUCGCCUAUCUCCAAGGCGUCCGCGCAGCAGCGCGCCGGUCGUGCCGGUCGUACACGCCCCGGCAAGUGCUUCAGGCUGUAUACAGAGAAGGACUUCGUAAAGGAGCUCGAGGACCAGACGCACCCGGAGAUCUUGAGGAGUAACCUGGCGAACACGGUGCUGGAACUUGUCAAGCUUGGCAUAAAGGAUCUCGUGCGGUUCGACUACGUCGACGCGCCGGCACCUGAGACGCUCAUGCGCGCGCUCGAGUUGUUGAACUACCUAUCUGCGCUCGAUGACGACGGAAACCUCACGGAUCUCGGCAGUAUGAUGUCCGAAUUCCCGUUGGAUCCCCAGAUGUCGAAGAUGCUCAUCGCCAGUCCCGAGUUCAGCUGCAGUCAAGAGGUUCUCACGAUAGUGGCCAUGCUUUCCGUCCCUAUGGUUUGGCUACGACCGAACAACCAGCGCAAAGAAGCGGACGCUGCCAAAGCCGCACUAUCUGUGCCGGACGGCGACCAUCUCACGCUCUUGAACGUGUACAACGAGUACCAGAACAACUUGCAUGAUCGCAAUUGGUGCUGGAACAACUACCUCUCGCAGCGCGCGCUCCAGCAGGCGGAUAACGUCCGCGGUCAGCUCAUGCGGAUCAUGGAGCGCUUCGAUCUUCCAAUCAACACGAAGACGUACAGCGAUAUGAGCAAGCAGUAUCGCAAUGUGCGCCAGGCCUUGUGUACGGGCUUCUUCAUGCAGGUCGCGCACAAGGAGGGCGAGAAGGGCCAGUACCUCACUGUCAAGGACAACCAGGUCGUAAGCUUGCACCCAUCCUGUGGACUCGACAACCAGCCCGAAUGGGUCCUCUUCAACGAGUUCGUUCUCACAACGAAGCCGUACAUCCGUACCGUCACGGACGUGAAGCCCGAGUGGCUGCUGGAAUACGCCUUCCCUUACUUUGAUCCGACGACGUUCCCCGAUGGUGAGACGAAGCGUGCGCUGCAGCGCGUGCUUAGGAAAGCGCUGAGCAAGAAGAAUGGUGGUGACGUCGAAGUUGCCCCGAAGGCGAAGCGCGAUAAGGGGGGCAGGAGUGGGAGUGGGACGCCUGCACCCUCGAAUGGCGAGCGCGCGUCGAAGCGCCAGAAGUACACAUAUUAA